AUGGCGCCCGGUCUGCUCUCGGAACAAUCCGAAUCCCACCACAACGGACUGAAGCACGACGUCGUCGUUUCCUCGAAACCCCUCCGUCAACCCAUCAAAGCCUCAGGGGUUCUAGACAAGUUUGGAUGGGAGGAUGCCACGCCCGUCAUUGGACGCGAGUUCCCUACCCUGAACAUCGUCGACGACAUCUUCAACGCCGAGAAUGCAGACGAGCUGCUUCGCGAGCUUGCUGUGACGAUCGCUCAACGAGGUGUCGUCUUCUUCCGCAAGCAGGACAAUCUCACCGAUGAACUUCAGAAGGAACUCGUCCAUCGGAUGGGCCAGCUCACCAACAAGCCUUCAACCUCCUCGCUCCACAUCCAUCCCAUCUUGAACAAUACCUCCGAGUUCGGUGUGCCCGACGCUGAAAUCAGUCACAUCAGUUCCUUGGCCAGGAAGAAGCUGUUCAGCCACUCCAAGCCCAAAAACUCCCGGCGCUACGACGCCGCGACAUGGCAUUCGGACAUCCAGUUCGAGCCGUGUCCCGCCGACUUCACCUCCCUGCGACUGACCCAGCUCCCCGAAUGUGGAGGCGACACUUUGUGGGCAUCCGGUUACGAGCUGUACGACCGCUUCUCCAAGCCCUACCAGAAGUUCUUUGAGAGCUUAACGGCCACGUUCAUCGGCGAGGGCUUCAUUAACGCCGCCGCCAGAGAUCCUGAAAAGGUGAAGAUCUGGACAGAACCUCGAGGCAGUCCAGACAACGUCGGCGAUGAGUUGACGGCCGUGCAUCCGGUCGUUCGAACCAACCCCGUCACGGGAUGGAAGAGUAUUUUUGCUUGCGGCAACUUCCCGAAGCAAAUCAACGAGCUCAACGGCGAAGAAUCCGACGAACUCCUCAAGAAAUUCUACCGCACAAUCCUCGACAACCACGACCUAACCGUGCGCCUGAAAUGGAGGAACCCCAACGAUCUCGCCAUCUGGGACAACCGCAGCGCCUUCCACUCCGCCACGUUCGACUACCAGGGCGAGCGAUUUGGACAUCGUGCUGUGGGCAUUGGCGAGAGGCCGUACUUGGAUCCGAAUAGCACUAGUCGGUCGGAGGACUUGGGGCUGACUGGGUAUGAGUGA